AUGAGAUGCGUGAGCCAAACUUUACAAUCAUUCGCACACGUUUCACCAACUACCAGUUUAGUAAAACCCGAAAAUCCCUUGUUAUCACUUAUUAGAACUAAGGUAAGAUGUUAUUUUCCACGUCCAAACGAAGUGAGAAGAGUUCGUCGCCAUGGCUGGAAUGCUAGAAUGUCAACUCCAAAUGGUCGAAGAAAUAUCAUGAGAAGGUUCUUAAAAGGCCGACACGUUUUGUCACAUUGAUUUGUUGUAGUAAGGGUAGGUUUAAUUGUAGAAAUAAUAUAAAAUAAAUAUUA